AUGACUCAAUACGUCACUCUCUCUUCACCCAUUCUCGGCCUCGGCCUCACUCUGCAUUCUAACUCCGUCGAAAAGCACUUCACAUCCAGUGAGGAGAGUUUCAACAACCUAUUUCUCGAUGGACGGUCUGUCGACUCGUACUCCUCGGAGGACAAUUUCGCUAUUUCCUCCGACUUCCUACCCAGCUCAGGGGAAGAAUCUGAGAUCAGUGUCGAAGACCCCUUACCUUGGACAACCUCUGUUUUUCACUCCCAAUCCCGGGAAACCUCGAGCUCAAGCUCGUCUCGCAGCCCACCCAAGAUCCAAAAUUCGGAUUUGGAGUACUACAGCGAUGCGGAAAAUGUCCGCGAGUCUGACAGACCCUACCGCAUCCGUGCCGUUCAUCACUCGCGCAAGCACCACCCCGCCCACAGGCCCACUGAGGCGAAAAAGCGCCAAUCAUCUAACAACAUCGACAUCUUCGUUCUCAGCACUUCUACCGCCGCCGCCACCCCCGCACCGUCUCAACCGCCCUCCUCUAGCCGCCCUUUGUCUUCAAUCCUAUCCCCGCGCUCGCGGGCCACCGAGCGCUGGGUCCAAAUGCUGCACUCGAACGAUGAGCUUGAUAUCGUCGUAGAGGAGGACGAAGAAGACGCGGACGCAAACGCGUACGAGCCCGCGCUCCAACGCUCUACCUCGCACGUCUCCGACACCGGCCCCAACGGUGACCGCCAGUGCUCAGCGUGCGCGCACCAGCCGAUCCACUACCUGCAGGAGCGGCUCCCCGCCCGCGUUGCGAUACUACCCGCGACCACCGAGGCCGAGCUCGAGCAUAUCCGCCGCAACUUCGAGGAAACCGGCGAGGUGCCCGAUCCGGAGACGUUCACCCGCCCCACGUUCAUCACCGCGCACGGCUCCGUGCACGAGAUCCCCCGCUCGCCUGCGCCUGCGCCCGCACUCGCACUCGCACCCGCACCCGCACCCUCUUGCGAAGUCGAGUCCAAGGCUGAACAGGGCAACCGCGACGUCCCCGAAGGCGACCGUCCCGACUCGCGCGGCGGGUACUCGGCCUCGGGCCCGCGCCUGAGCCCGGAGACCAUCCACCUCGCGAGCCCCAACUUCCGCGAGCAACACGUCGCGCUCGGCCUGGGGUUGGGGCCCUUCCAGUUUCACCUCGACCCGACGCUCGACCCGUUCUUCGCGGGGGUUGCUGUCGCCGCCGCCGCCGCGAACGCGGUGCCCCCGUUCAUGAACUCGCGCCGCCGGACGGACAGCUUCGAGUCGAUCGACCUCGGGGAGGCCCCGCGCCGCACGUGGGUGCCGCCCACCCCUCACCUCCCCGCGUGGCCGUCGGUGGAGGUGUUCUCGCGGAGGCCCUUCCGUCAGUGA